CGAUUUGCCACACAUAUAACUCUCCCAUAACAUAUCUCUAAACCUCAACACCCGCAAUACAUCAUGAGCCGCCCGCCUUCUUCCACCGGAGAUGUCCUCCUCUACUUUAUUGCCCUCUUCAUUCCUCCCAUUCCCGUAUUCAUGAAGAGAGGAUGCGCUGCUGACUUUUGGAUAAACAUCCUACUUUUUAUCUUGGGUUGGCUUCCUGGCGUCAUUCAUGCCUGGUGGAUCAUCUCCAAGUACGAGCGACCUGCUGGAGCCCCUGUUGGUCAAACAUAUCGAUACUAAGACCCAAGGGGGGUGGUUUGCGCGAAAGCAAACAGUGCCCAUCUCUUUGCCAACCAUUCUGCGAGCUCCAAGCCAUAAUUUGUCGACCCAAAUGUAUCCCUUAGUUUAUCAUGCAUGAAUCCAGAUGUGAUUUG